ACACUGUCUUACUGGGUCAAAAAGGCUAAGAAUAUUUGUUUAAAUAGAACUGUAAGAACAAAUGAGCACUUAAGCAAAAUGCCUACUCAAUGGAAAAUGCAACCAUUUAGGAAGCAUCUCACACAGCAUUACUUGCUCCUUUCCCUACUACCCUGCUCAUUUUUGCUCCUUUCUGAGCAACAAUGUACAUCUUUUGAUUUACGUGUCAUUUUUGUUUUUAAAGUUUUAUCAGAGUUGUAGGAUGGAGCAAAAGGAACAGGAAAACCGCAGACAUCAGUCUCAUGACAAACACUGGGGACCUUGGUUCUAUUAGAAGAAUAAAACAAGUUGUAUACAAAAAAUGGCUUCUAUGGAUCUUCCAUGAAGAUCUUAUUUAAAAGAUCUUAUUUAAAAAGUAUUGAAAUCAUUUUGACAUACAUAGUAUGAUUCACACAAAUUUAUGGUGAAUCAGUGAUUUCAGAAAUGCAGUAAUACUACACAUUCAACAAUCCCUGCCCCCAUUUGCUUUUAAACAAAAAUAGAUUCUAUUCCAAAUAAGUCACAAUUUGCCAUUUAUCUAAACUUUAGUACAAUUUUCACUGCUGUUGCUUCUAAUAUCUCUGGUCCUGAUAUGGUUCCAAAGGUGUUCUUAAAAAAUAAAAAAAGCUGGUUUCAAUGUAACAUAACUUGCCCAUUAAAAAAGUUUACAGACAAUGGGGAGUGGAAAAUACUGAAACUGGUUUUUUGGCAUACUGGUGUAUGUAGCACAAUAAUUAAAAAUGCAGAGACCUUAAUUCAUUAUAAGUUUGUGGAGUCACUUCCUUUGAUCCAUUUCAUCAGUUUUUGGAUGUGGAAAAGGGGAUUAAUAGCAUCAGCCAAUAAACUAUCCAUGUAAAUGAGAGACUAUUGUUAAUGGAAGAUGCAUGCUAAUACAAAAUUAAUAAUAGAAGGAAUCAUUCAAACUUGGUAUGUAACAAAGUUUUUGACUAGAAUACAUAACACUGUGUGUGUGUAAAACUGAUGUGUGAUUCUACGACCAUGAUCUUGCAAUCCACUUAACUUAAUUAAUCGGGGAAGUACCAAAACAGGUGACAUGCUCCAAUAAUUUAACUUCCCCUCUCCCCAGUAAUUAAAUGUAACUCCAGCAGAUCCAGUCAUAAACAGGAUUAAUAUAGUAUUACUCCAUAUAUUAAUAUCUUGGGAGCACCUAGCAUAGGCACCAAUAUGUCUAUUCAUAGCAUCAAGAAUUGGAAAGAACUUAAAUCAUCCAGUGAAAUUCCCUGCUCAGUGCAGAACCACUUAAAGCAUUUUGGACAAAUGGCUAUUUGUAGUUGCUAAAUUAUUCCAUUGAUUGACAGUUAUUACCAGCAGGAAAAUCACUCUAAUAUUUAACAUGAAAUAUACUUCCCUGUUGUUUCAGCUCACUGGGUUCUGGUCCUGUCUGAUUAUGCCUUCUCUCCUUUUGACAGACAUCUGAAUACCUGAAGAUUGCUAUUGCAUCUCUUCUCAGUCUUUUCUUCAGACCAAUAUUUCUAGUUCCUCUAACUGUUCUUCAUAGGACUUGGUUUCUGGUCUCCUCACUAUUUUGGUAUUGUUCUCUAAACUCCAAUUUUUGUUUUGGUGUUUUCACUAUUGAGAACUGUGGUGCCAAGAACUAGAAACACUAUUCCAAACACUAUUCCAAGGCAGAACCAAAUGAGACAAUUACGAUGUGGACUCAAUGCUCACACUGUUCAUCCAAUUCAACUUGUUAUUUAUUACAGUGACUAGAUUCUUUCCCCAAGUUUUUUCUGCCAAACCAGGUCUCUCUCAUAUACUUGUGCCUUUCAUUCCCCCCCCCCAGAGGAAGAACUUUAUAUUAUCCCUGUUAAAUAUCAUUUUAUUCAUUUUGGCCCACUGCUGAAAUCUGUCUAGAUCUGUAUGAAUCUUAUCUUGCUAUUUUGAUAAUCAUUUCAUCAGUCUGUCUCUUCAUCCAGGUCAUCAAUAGAAAUGUUAAACAACACAAGUUCCAGCAUUUUGUCUUGUGAUGCUCUAUUUGAUACAACUUUUGAAGUUAUAUGGAACAAUUUAUGAGUACGCUCUAGGUGCAAUCAUUUAGCCAAUACAAUUAUAUCAUCUCUCUUUUUUUGGUGUAUCAGAGUUGAUUCCUGGUUAGGACAUGGACAAGACCAUGCAGUUUUCUUGCAAUGGCUUCAGAAAUGAUUUCCUAUUGCCCUGUAGCUAGAGUUAAGAGAGAGAAUGACUAACCGAAAAGGUUUGCAGAGGUCAAAAUAUUCUAUGUCCAUUGUGUUUUCCUGGUAACUCUGUCAAAAAAGAAGAUAUGGUUAGUGUGACUUAUUUGUGACAAGCCCCAGUUGGCAUGGGCAUCUAUAAGUCCGGCAAGGUAGUCCAGACCAAAAGCACAACCAGGAGAGUACUAGCACUAUAUUGUAAGGUUACAUUAAACAGAAUCUUGGGAUUUCUCCUGUCUUUUAUUCUCCAGAAAACUGGAGACAUCUUUUACAUGCCAGUUGUCCCAUUUACAGCUCCCUCCUGUCUCCCAAGGUCAUUCUCACAUCUGAAGGGAUGGGCAAAGGGAAUGAUGCCUUGUAUAAUUAUAUAAACACUCAAAUGCUGGAAUUUACAUACAUGUGUCAAAUGUUCUGACCCAAGCAUAUAAUUGGUAUAUUUGCACGAUUAUGUAAUGGUAUGUUAAAUCUCAACUCAUUCUGUGCUUUAGUUUCUGCCAACUUCUUGUUUCCUUCUUUGGUUAUACAUCCCUGCUAUUUUCUAGUUUUUCUUUUCAGCAUUUUGGAAACCCUGUGUUUAUCUAUGCUGGUGUCUUUAGAUCUCUCCCAUUUUAAUUGCCACUGUUUGCAAUUACACCUUCAAUAGCCCUUUUUUCAGAAUUUCACACCCUUCACAGAAAGUUUUCUCCUUCAGAAUGUUAAGCCACUGGAUGAAUUCACCAAAAUCCACUUUUCUAAAAUCUAGUAUGCAAGUGUUCUCUCUAUCUUUGAUAGCAUAAAUUCAAGGAUAACAAGGACAUUUUCUCACAUUUCUGGUCACCUUCAUUUCUUCAAGUAAUUCCUUCUGUUGGUAAGGUUUAUGUGUGGUAUAGCAGACUCCUCCUCCUUGUUCCUUCUUUGUGCUUCUAACAAAUGACUUUGCCAAGAGAUGAUAACAUUUUGGGGAUCUCUGACUCUUAGCAAAGUGAAAUCUCCCGUUGUCGUUAUUAUCUUUUUAAAAAAUUUUGUCAUCACACCCUAUAAUAUUCAUCCAAAUCCUUCACAUGUCUACAUAGUUUACAACAUUUCCCUCCAUGAGGAAAAUAGUGCUCGAGAAAGCAAGCUUUUCUAUUAUCAAAAUCACUGUCAGUCCUAAUAGCACAUAACAUACCUCUAAAAUACACAUUUGCUGCAGUUCCCAAAGCCAGUGCUUUGUAAAUACUCCAACAAUCACAAGGUGGUAGCAAAGAGAUACACUAAAAAACUCUGCUGCCAUACUAUGGACAUCUGAUAUUUUACAGCCCUAGCUCAAGUUUCACUCAUUGCCCUGUUUCUGGCAAAUGGGAAAUGGUUAGAGAUGUCAUAAAACCUCAAUAAUCUUCUGAGAAAGGAUUGUGGAAUAACAGAAACCUUUUGGAGAAAGAGUGGGACCUCUUAGUGUGUCGACAUGGUGCCAGAAAGGUGGGCCGGUGCCAGAAAGGUGGGCCGGUGUGAAUGGGCUAAUUUCUGAUUGGACUAAGCAUGCUGUGGCAUCAGUGUAUUUAUCUACAUAUCUUAAGAGAGCUUGCAAGCCAACCAACUUGCUAAAAUAACAGAACAAAACAGGGUUCCUUAGGACUAGACAGAACAGGGUUUAAAUAUAUUCAAUUUGUCUCAUUUUAGAAGGUCAUUGGGGAGGGAUAAUUUGCUUGUCCUAGUGAACAGACAGAUUUUUUUUUUACUCAUCUCUUGCUUCUGAUUGACAUUUUUCACAGCUUGAUGAAGAAAAGACCCUGCACAAACUCCUUUUAGGGGAGUUUACAAACAAAUACAUAUUUCUCAGUCUGAAAGCAAAAACCCAUUCUUAAAAUCUUGUAUCAAUUCUUCAUCUGAGCUACAUUUUGUUCCCAGAUGCUUGUAUCUUCUUCUAAGUAAGAAUGCUCAAAUCCUUAGCAUGUGGAUUGUGAUGUCAUAGACAACUAUUGCUGAUUUGAUGCAAUAAUCCACUUAAAAACCCCAGAGGGAGAGCAUGGUUGGCAGCAUCUUGGGCAGUAAAUCAAGCAAACAUUCCAUAGUAGGAGAACAUGAAAAAAUACCAUAUCAAAGAAGAGAUACAUGGUGGAGAGAAUCACUAAGGCCAACCCCAAUCCCAGGGUUUUAUCCUGUACGAGGUUUUCUUGAAGAAGCUCAGUUGAACCCAGUGAAGGCAACCUAUAAUUUUAAAGGUGAAGGGAGAAAGAGAGCAUCCAUCUAUGAGCAAUUACCUGAUCUGACCUUGCAAAAUGCUUUCAAGUACUAUCCUCCUUCAUUUGUGGAAUUGGCAGAGAAAAGACCUGCUACUUAUUCCUUUAAGAGUACUUCAAGGCAAAGCAACUAUCCAAUCAACAGAGAUAAGAAUAUAAACACUGAUCCUGGACAAUAUGAUCUUUUCCCUCAUCCAGUUCCUACUUUUCCUACUAAGAGCUAUAUGUUUCGAUCUGCAGUUCAAAGACACCCCAUUUUUCCUCUGAAACAAGGUCCAGGCCCAGGUGAGUAUGAAAUAAAGGAUGUCCAGCCAGUUCCAAUACGAUCGUCCUUCAUAUCAAAAAUACCACGAAUAUUGCCAGCCCACACUGUGAGUAUAAUAUUGAAAAUGGCUCAAACUGUGCUUGCAGCUAUAGGGCUGACUUGGGGUUCCUGCCUUUCUUGGAGACAUUCCAUAUUCAGCCUUUGGAUUUGCAGCUUUCUUUUUUGGGUGGGGGGAGGGGGGAACCUAGUAUUUUCAAGAUAUAAAGGAAAACAUGGAGACAGUAAAUGUUACUUAGAUUCAGGUAUUAUUAAAUUGCAUCCAUGGAAAUAAAAUCCAGUUAUGGAGAAGACCAGACCGGUUGGCUGAUGUAUUAGAAUAGAAUAGAAUAGAAUAGAAUAGAAUAGAAUAGAAUAGAAUAGAAUAGAAUAGAAUAGAAUAGAAUAGAAUAGAAUAGAGCUGGAAGGGACCUUGGAAGUCUUCU